ACAGUAAAUGUAGGGCAAAUUCAUGGCUGUAAGUGAAAGGGACAGCUUAUUGGGUAACAGGAGACUGAAUCAAGAGUAUAUUUCACCGUGGAGGGUUCUGGACGAUAAGGAGAGGAAGGCUGCUCACAGAUAAUCAAACUGAGGAAGCUACUAGAAAAAAAAAGUCUGUAUGAGUGGAAGAGAGAGUUUGCAGGAGGCAGUGAAGCAGGGGACAGGGCCUGGAGUGAAUGGGGGUGGAGGGAGUGGUUAGCAGUGCGUUCUGCGUGUAUAUAGAGAAGGCAGAGACUGACAGAGCAGAUCCUGUUAGAGCCUUGGAGAAAGGAGGACUGACCUUUCAGACUCGCUACCUGUGAAUGACUUCCUGAACAGCACAGCAACCAAACUGCAUGUUUCUGCUGGAUUAUAAACUCAAGAUUUCCGUUUCACUAACAGCUUGAUGAUGGGUCCUAUUGUUUUGACUGCGUUGGUGCUGCUCCUGGUUGCACAGGAAGGUACCACAGACAGAAUCCAUAACAGAAGAACCAAAAGGGAGCUGGCCAGUCCUCUGCAUGCUGGCGGCAUCAGGGACCCGUACGGCUCCUACUGCCACAGGCGAGGAGGCUGCUGCCCCGGCAGAGACGACCUGUGCACCGUGCCCUACCUGGAUACCAUCUGCUACUGUGAUUUGUUCUGCAACCGAACCGUCUCCGACUGCUGCCCGGACUUCUGGAACCGCUGUCUGGGCAUCCCGCCACCUUUCAUUGAUGUCUGUGAAAGAAAUGGAAACAAGUUUUUUACAGGGCAAACCUACAAAGAAAACUGCAAUUUAUGCACAUGUGGGUCCUCGGGACGUUGGGAGUGUGAGCAUAAUGCUUGCCUCAUUGAGCCUGACGUCAUAAAUGCCGUCAACCGAGGAAACUACGGAUGGAAAGCUGCAAACUACAGUCAGUUAUAUGGCUUGACUUUGGAUGAAGGCAUCCGAUUCAGACUGGGAACAAAGAGACCUUCCAGCACUGUUAUGAACAUGAAUGAGAUUCAGAUGAACAUGGACCCUCAGAAUGAUCAUCUACCGCUCUACUUCAGCUCACUGGAGAAGUGGCCCGGGAAAAUUCACGAACCGCUGGAUCAGGGCAACUGUGCCGCCUCAUGGGCUUUUUCAACUGCAGCUGUGGCAUCAGACCGAAUCUCCAUUCAGUCCAUGGGUCACAUGACUCCUCAGCUGUCGCCCCAAAAUCUCAUCUCUUGUGACACACGCAACCAAGGAGGCUGCGCAGGAGGCCGAGUAGACGGAGCCUGGUGGUACCUCCGGCGUCGUGGAGUUGUGACAGAUGACUGUUACCCAUACCAACCUCCGCAACAAACCCCAGCAGAGGUGGGGCGUUGCAUGAUGCAGAGUCGCUCAGUGGGGCGAGGCAAGAGGCAAGCCACACAGCGUUGCCCCAACACACAGAACUACCACAACGACAUCUACCAGUCCACACCGCCCUACAGGCUCUCAUCCAACGAAAAGGAGAUUAUGAAGGAGAUCAUGGAUAAUGGUCCUGUGCAAGCUAUUAUGGAGGUCCAUGAGGACUUCUUUGUCUACAAGAGUGGGAUCUACAAACACACUGAUGUCAGCUUUGCCAAACCGCCACAGUACCGCAAACAUGGCACGCACUCGGUCAGGAUCCUGGGGUGGGGAGAAGACAGAGACUAUAAUGGGACACCAAGAAAAUACUGGAUUGCUGCCAACUCCUGGGGAAAGAAUUGGGGCGAGAACGGCUACUUCCGCAUCGCUCGGGGAGAAAAUGAGUGCGAGAUCGAAGCAUUUGUGAUCGGCGUCUGGGGCAGAAUCACUAUGGAGGACAUGCAGCAUCACCACCAUCGCCGCAGACACAUUUAAAAGAAGACUUUUAUGAUUUAGAAACCUCCCCCACGGUGAUCUUUGCUUUCUUUGUUCUGCAGCGGAGAAUGUCACUGUGUCCCUUUAACGAAACAAACUGUCUGGGACGGACACAAAGCUAAAAGCUUGCUUUACAGUGGGGGGUCUAUGCAAACACUGUUAAUUCACUUCUUCAUUAGAACAAACUUUCUCUGUAGCUCAAGAUUAAU